CAAAGAGCUCUCUCACUUUUCCUGUCUGUGAGAACACAAUGAGAAAACCACCAUCUCUGAACGAAUGCUGGACUGGAGGUUGGCAAGUGCACAUUUUAUCCUGGCUGUGACAUUGAUGCUGUGGAGCUCAGGAAAAGUGCUCUCAGUGGAUGUAGCAACUGAGGCUUUUGAUGUUGGAAUCAGAGAUGUGCAGUCACCAUCCACAGCCAGGGAAGAGAAAUCAGCAGCUGAUCUGGCAGCAAAACUCAUGCUUCUUGAUGAACUUGUGUCUCUGGAGAACGAUGUGAUUGAAACAAAGAAGAAAAGGAGCUUCUCUGGUUUUGGGUCUCCCCUGGACAGACUCUCAGCUGGCUCUGUGGAUCACAAAGGCAAACAGAGGAAAGUAGUAGAUCAUCCAAAAAGGCGAUUCGGCAUCCCCAUGGAUCGGAUUGGUGGAAAUCGGCUUUCAAAUUCCAGAGGCUAACUGAUUCCAAUUAUGUGACUUCCUUGGGUGAAAUGUCACAGAAACAUGGAAGAUGCUUCAGAUGUUCUUCACACUCCUUAAUGAUUAAACUUUGAAGGAACUGACCUUCUGCAAUUAUUUCCAAAGCUUGAACUUAGGUCCAUCACAUCCCAGUGUUGUUACAGCCUCAAGUAAAUUAUGCAGAUCAUUUCAA